CUGUGACUUCUGCCCUCCCUGGGAAAUCACAGGCCUUCCCUCACCAGGAAGGCGGGGUCUUCUGGUCACUGCCUGCCCCUUGGCCUGGCCAGAGUGGCUACAGGAGACUUUGUUCCUACAAGCUAAAGCAACAGGGAUGGCCCUGUCUGAAUGCAGGGGUGGAGGCAGCAGGCUGAGACCAGGGCUUUCCAGGUUCCAAAAGGGGCAUGGGGUGAUGGGGCGUUAGGACCUUCUUUCUGACAGGGAGGUCCAAGCUUCCAGAUGUUUCAUGAAGGAUUCAAGCACCUGGAAAGAUUUAGGAAUCAAUUACUGAGCCUGACUGGGGAGAAUGGCUUGGGCGGAGGACUCCUGGGCCUGGGGAAGGGCCUGAAGUCUCUGACCCUGGUCUGGAGGAGGAAGUUCGGAGGCUGAGUCACCAGUGUCUCAGUCGUCCGAUGCUGGGAGCAGGGGGGAUCAGUCCGGCCCACCAAGAGCUCAGGUAAACACACCCCUGACCCCCCAGAUGGGAACAGAAACCCACACACAAAGGGUCUGGAGAGGGAGGCAGCUAGGCAGAGAUGACCCCUUAUUACCUAGAGAAGCCACACUGCCCCCUCUGUCAGUGCCCUCAAAGGCCAAAGCAAACAGGCCUGUCUGGCGUUGGGGCCCGCUUCCUGGGACCAGGCGUGCGGCCUCCCCUGACCCCAUGGAAUCCCAUCCCAACUCUGGUUCUUCCUGUGUGGCCUUGGCUCUGAACCUGGGGUUUCUCAUCUGUGAAACAGCUGGAUUCUUGUAACAGGGCUGCUAGGGAGGUAACAGUAUUGGAGCAUUCACUAUGGCCAGUCACAGCACUUAGAUCUAAGCUGGGACCCACUGUGUGCCAAGGGUGUUCUCUACCUCAUUAAUAGGGUGCAGCAGGUUCUCAACGUUUUGUUCCACAUUGUUUCCUCAUAACGAGAUACCGGUUGGAACUUAACUCAUUUCUAUCAAUUAGCCUCUGGUAAAAUUGGUUUUGUUAUACGUUGCUUUGCCGAAGUUCCAGGAACCAUCUGUCAACGAGGUUAAGUAAGGACUUCUUGUAGCUCGUUGCAUCACUGACUGAUGGUGUAAAUGCAGCUAUUUCCCUGCUUUUGUAUACCAAGAAACAGUGUUCAGAGAGGCCUGGUCAUUUGCCCAAGGUCACACAGCUGGCAACUGACAGAGUCCGGAUUCAGGCCGUGGCAGUUUGGUUCAGAGUCCCCAGUCCUAUCCGGGCAGCAUAAAUGCUUCAAGCCCAGUGAAGACACACUCCAGGCAUCUGGAAUCCGCAGUGCCUGUGCUGGAUUUUCAUUUCACACAUGUGGACAGGGGCUCAAAUAGGCUCAUUCGUACCCAAGUCACAACCAAAGAGGGAGCUAGGAUUAAGACCCAAGUUUCAUUCUCAAAGCCCAGGCCUUCAGCAGAUGCGUUCCACUGUCCCCAGCCUCCCAUCCCGUUUGUCGGCCUCCAGUCUCCUCCCUCAGACCCAGGAAUCCAAGCCCCUAGCCCCUCCUUCCUCUGACCCAGGAUCUCGGGACCCCAGCCCUCUCCCAAAAUUUUACUCAUCCACAAGAAAAGAGGAGCAGACAAGGGGUGCUCUCAGCAGCUGCCUGCGCCUUCCCCUCCCAUGCCCGGCCCCCUAGAAUAGAGGGCGCCUUGAGUUACUGGGUAAGAUGGUGCCUCCCCUCAUGGGGGCUGGGGGCGUCACAGGGCCUCCAAGCCCCACCUCCUUUCCUCCCGGCUGUGUGAAGGGGGAGACCUGCCCACCUCGUGACUGGGGGCUGGCCCAGCGGCCCUAGCCCUGGAGGAAUGGGCGGGGCAGGGGAGCCCUAUAAUUGGAGGAGUCUGGGAUCUAUCCUUGAGUCCUACUCAGCCAGAGCGGAGGCGAAGGACGGCUUCCCCAGGAGCCGACUGACCUGCUGAAGAUGAAGUUUCUGUGGGCUGCCCUAGUGGUGACGCUCCUGGCAGGAUGCCAGGCCGACGUGGAGGAGGAGGUGAAGCUGGGGCAGGAGCCCGACAGGUGGCAGGCCAAGCAGCCCUGGGAGCAGGCGCUGGGCCGCUUCUGGGAAUACCUGCGCUGGGUGCAGACGCUGUCUAACAAGGUGAAAGAGGAGCUGCUCAACAGCCAGGUCACUGAGGAGCUGAAGCUGCUGAUAGAGGAGACCAUGAAGGAGGUGAAGGCCUACAAGGAGGAGCUGGAGAAGCAGGUGGGCCCCAUAGCCCAGGAGACGCAGGCCCGCCUGUCCAAGGAGCUGCAGGCGGCGCAGGCCCGGCUGGAGUCGGACAUGGAGGACGUGCGCACCCGCCUGGCACAGUACCGCAGCGAGGCACAGGCCGCGCUGGGCCAGAACACCGAUGACCUGCAGGGCCGCCUGGCCUCCCACCUGCGCAAGCUGCGCAAGCGGCUGCUCCGUGAUGCGGAAGACCUGCAGAAGCGCCUGGCCGUCUACCAGGCCGGGACCCACGAGGCCGCGGAGCGCGGAGUCAGCGCCAUCCACGAGCGCCUCGGGCCUCUGAUGAUGGAGGGCCCCCUGCAGGCCAUCCCCCCCAGCCAGCAGCUGCGGGAGCGGGCGGAGGCCUGGGGCCAGAAGGUGCGCGGGCGGCUGGAGUCGGUGGGCAGCCAGGCCCGCGACCGUCUGGACGACGUGCGCGAUCAGAUGGAGGAGUUGAAGGCCAAGGUGGAGGAGCAGGCCAGCCAGGUGCGCCUGCAGGCCGAGGCCUUCCAGACCCGCCUCAAGAGCUGGUUCGAGCCCCUGGUGCAAGACAUGCAGCGCCAGUGGGCCAGCCUGGUGGAGAAGGUGCAGUCCAGCUUGGGCAUCAGCCCCUCCACCAAGCCCAGCAAGACCAAAUGAGUGCCGGGCAUGCAUGGCGGGCCCCCCUCCUGCCACUUGCGCCCUCGCCUCUCCCAGCCCCCGCUGUCCCCCGGGGGGCCCCGGCUUAAUAAAGAUUCAGCACGUUUCACAGCA